ACAAAGACUGGUUCCAUGCUCAUUACGAUUAUCGUCUGCUUAAGUGCAGGAUUGGUCAUCAUCUCGGUGUUAACAGUGCUGACCAGGAAAGAGAAACGAUCAGGGGAUGAUGCAGCUUCAUUGGUCACACAAGACAAGGAUAUAAUAUCAAUGGAUAUAAUCCUGAAAGUGAUCGGUCUGGGACAUCUCAUCGAGCAAAUCAGGAUAAAAGCGCACAAAAUAACAUCAGACAAGCCAGCUGGAAGAUUAAAAGCCAGACCGGGUCUUUGUGCAGAAGAUCAUAAAGAUGUCAAGGAAUACAUGACCUUCUUGAGAAGAAGUUUGAUAAUUUAUUAAUACCACACCACCAACAAAUACUUAUCAUCUCUUCUCAAUGCCUGUGAUACGUUAAUAGGAUGAAAUGGAACACUGUGCAUAAGCAACUAUUCCUUCUAUUUCACUUGCAGAUGUAACAAUGCAAGUUGCCAACCAAUAUGGAACUAAUAAAAGCUCAUAUUACAGCUAGUUGCUGUAACACAUUUACAUCACGAGAAGUCUUUUAUAUUGUGAAAUGACAAUAAUAGAUUUUAGAGUAACUAUAGCACUCAUUUUGUUUUAAUAUGUUUAAAUGUAGAAGACAUUUUACCUUUACUCACUUUAUUAUGCACUUUGAAUGAUUUAGUAUCCAUUCCACAAUAGCGGCUUUAAAUAACUGCAUGAGUUUAUUAAUUUUAAAAUGGUUACCAUGGUAACCACAAAGUUUUAAUCAUUGUCAUGUAACUAACUCUGUAAUAUUUUUGA